AUGCGCUUCAUCACCGAUUCCCGUGGUCUCGGUGACCCAAACUCAGAGGCAGUUCCCCUCCAGGUCAUCGGCGCCGGUCUUCCACGCGCAGCCACAUCCUCCAUGCAAGCAGCCUUUGAAAAACUCGGUUUCGGACCCUGCAUGCACAUGGCAGAAAUUCUCCCACACGUAUCCCGCAUGCAACUCUUCAUCGACACCCUCCGCGAGAAAAACGACAAAAAACGCCAAAAGAUGGUCCGCCAACUUAUCCACGGUCAUCGCUCCAUCUGUGAUCUUCCCGUCGUUUACUUCACGCCUGACAUGAUGGACAUUUACCCCGACGCCAAAAUAGUAGUCAAUAUGAGACCUGACCCUGAAGUCUGGGCGAAGAGCGCUGAGGAUAGUUUUUGGUUCUUCUUUAGUCCUUGGUUCAAGUGGGUCGGUAUGCUUUGGGCUACGGAUCGACUUUGGUAUGCGCUUAAUCAAGAGAGCAUCAAGAAGUGCAAAGAAGAGUAUGGUACGGAAUAUAUCUUCAGCGCUAAGACUUAUAAUGUGUACUAUGAGCGGAUGCUUGCGGAGGCUAAGAAGCGCGACCGUGAGGUGCUGCUGUUUAAGGCUGAGGAUGGAUGGGAGCCGCUUUGCAAGUUUUUGGGUGUGGAGGUUCCUGAUGAGCCGUUUCCGAGAUUGAAUGAGAAGAAGACGUUUCAAAUGGUUAGGAGGAUAUUCAUUGCGAAAGGCCUUUUGUCGUGGACGGCGUUGUUUGGUGCGACUUGGGGUGCAUGGAAGGUUGCUUCUCACUUUCUAUAA